CAGUAAGGAGUGUAUGUACAUGCCGUAAUACUCAAUAUAUUUUAAUAACAAUUCAUGGCACAGUAAAAAGAAAAACAAUAAGACUAAUUGUUUUACAACAACAUAUUAUAACAGAUAACAGGUUAGCACGAUGCAGACAGCUGAUCGUUGUUUAGUAAAAAAUUUAACAACUGGACAUAAUUUGAUCGUAUAUUCACACAAUGUUUAUUGUAAAAACUCCGAUGGAAUUGUCCGAGUUGCCACAGAAAAAGAUAUUACAUCUUCUAACGCAUCGUUGUUUUUUAAGUCAGGAGCUGAUGAGAUUCCUAUUACUAUGAUCACUUACAAACACACAAAAGGAGAUAUACUUCGAACCAAUCGAGAAUCACUUGGCAGAUCUAAACGAAUCCAAAUUAGAAAAAGACUUAGUUUGACACCAAUAAAGCCAUUAGCGGCUAUGAACAGACGCAAAAACUUGGUAAAACCAAAAAAGGAUGAAGAUAAAAGUUUAAAGUGGAUUGUCAGUAGAAUUGAAGACGAGGAAGUUAUGGCGGUUUUACAAAAUCAUAGUAAUAAUGUAAAUUGUGGUGGUGAACAAACUGAACUUGCAUUGAAAAUACGCAAAUGCUUGAAUAAACAAAAUAAGGCUGGACAUUACACUAUGACAUAAAACCAUUUAUCUUUUUUGAAAUAACUUAUUAAUUAUAAUUUAAAAUUGAUAAAUUUGUUUUGUAGGAUACUAAUAAAAAUUUAAGGUCGAGUCUUGAUAGAAUAGAAGUUAUGAAAGAUGAUACGAUUACUGGCGAUUUUGAUGUUGAGCAAACCGGAUCUGUAAGUGAAGAUAACAAUGCAGAAGAGGAAGAACGUACAGAUAGCCAAGUUUUUGAAAUAUUGCAAGAUAAAGAAAUCGAAGUAA